AUGGCAAACCUAACUAUUGAUUUACCCAAAAAAAUAGAAAAACAGUUAAAUUAUUUAGAGGCUGCUACAAACAAGCCCAAAAAUCUUAUCAUUAAAGAAGCCUUAAAUAGAUACUUGGAAGAAUUAGAGGAUAUUCGGGACGCUUUGGAAGUUUCUAACCGCAAAGAAAAAACUUAUACUACCGAAGA